AUGGUGAAGAAUGUGGGACGAAUACACGGUAACCCCCCUAAGGGACCAACUUUAAUGGACAAUCCUCUUGGAAAAUACUUCAGUCUCCCAGUUCCUGAUGACAAAAUUAUAGCCACAUAUGUCUGGAUCGACGGCACUGGCGAAAACUUGAGAUCCAAAAAUCGCACGCUGAACUUUCUACCCAAAGUACCUGAAGAUCUACCAGUUAUGUCGUUCAAUGGUAGUGCUACUCGACAAGCGAAAAGGACAAAUGCUGACAUGUACUUAUUUCCACGCGCCAUAUACAGGGAUCCGAUUCACAGAGGACGAAGCAUCCUGGUUAUGUGCGAUACAUACGAUACGCAAUUACAGCCAACAGCGACCAACAACCGAGUCCGUUGUGCCGAGGCGUACCUAAAGUGUGAAGAAGACGAGCCGUGGUUCGGCAUUGAGCAGGAGUUAUUUCUGAUGAGUGCCGAUGACAUGAGGCCGUUAGGAUGGCCGUACAAGGGCUUCCCGGAGAGAUCAUCGCGGUACUACUGCGCGGUUGGAGCCGAUAGAACAUUCGGACGAGACCUAAUGGAAGCGCAUUAUAAAUGUUGCCUAUACGCUGGCAUACCUAUCGUAGGCCUCAACGUGGAAAUGGGUCCAUCACAAUGGGAGUACCAGGUUGGCCCGUCAGUUGGAGUGAGUGCCGGCGAUGACCUUUGGAUGGCUCGCUACAUCCUACAAAUUCUAGCCGAACAGUAUGGAGUCGAAGUCAGCAUGAAGCCCAAGCCACUUCCAGAUUGGAUGGGUUCUGGAGCACACGUGAAUUUUUCUACCAAACUAAUGCGCGAUGUUGACGGUAUUGUAGAAAUCGAGAAGGCUAUUGAAAAGCUGGGCUAUGCUCAUCAGGCACAUCUGAAGUUGUUCGACCCUCACGGAGGGCGAGAAAAUGCCAAGCGUUUGAUUGGUAGCCACCAAGUAGCUCAUUGUGAUGAAUUAAGCGCUGGGGUCGGUGAACGACUAAACAGCAUCAGGAUACAUCGGAACAUCGCUGUUGACAAAAAGGGUUACUUCGAAGACCGUCGGCCUGGGGCCAACUGUGACCCUUACGUUGUUGUGGACGCUUUGCUUCGAACAUGUGUGCUCAACGAAUAACUGAAACAUCUACAUGCAGGUGAUUUAAGUCAUUUUUUUAUGAUUUCUGAUGUUAGCUAGCUUCAGCACCUCUAAAAGCACUUUUAUAAAGCUUUAAAACUUUCUCCUUUUUAUGAAAGAGAUAAAAGUUUAAUUGAAUACAUUGUUUACCAUUA